UCUUCCAUGUCAAUUUCAAUUCUGUUCCACUUUCCGGACUCUUCUCCCCAUACCCCCUUUUAACUACCACUCCCUCAAUCCCCCCCUCUCAAGCUCAUCUCUCUCUCCCUCUCUCCCUCUCUCUCAAUUCGUUGUUUUGAAAGUCUUUAGAGACUUUGCCUUGUUUCAUAGUACUUUUGCUUUUGGUUUCUCUCCUUCCCUGUUUUUUAAUCAUACAGGAUCAACCUGGGAGAAGCUACACCUACUGGACAGACUUCAAAGUUUUUUUUUUUUCCCUUCAUCAUGAACACUGUACAAGACUGGCCUGAACCAAUCAUCCGAGUCCAAUCUUUAUCCGAAAGUGGCCUACCAAUCAUUCCAGAAAGAUACAUCAAGCCAGCCCCCGAUAGGCCUUCCUUCAUAGACCCUGAAGACUGUGAUGCUAAUAUUCCGAUAAUUGACCUCACAGGCUUAUCAGGGGACGAAGCCUGCAACCUCCCUGCCACCACUCUGGACCUAAUUUCUUUGGCCUGUCGAGAGUGGGGAUUCUUCCAGGUCGUGAACCAUGGGGUUAGCCCUGUGUUAAUGGACCAAGCAAGAGAAACCUGGCGUAGCUUUUUCCAUUUGCCUAUGGAGAUUAAGCAAGCUUAUGCCAACUCCCCCAAGACUUACGAAGGUUAUGGUAGCAGGUUAGGAAUCGAGAAAGGAGCCAUUCUUGAUUGGAGUGAUUACUACUUUCUUCACUAUCUUCCAUUAACUCUCAAGGACUAUAAAAAAUGGCCUGCCUCUCCUGAUUCCUGCAGAGAAGUAAUUGAUGAGUAUGGGAAGGAAGUGGUGAAGUUAUGUGGGAGAAUAAUGAAGGUUCUGUCGAUGAACCUUGGGUUGAGAGAGGACCAUCUACAGAAUGAAUUUGGUGGGGAAAAUUUUGGGGCAUGCCUAAGGGUGAACUUUUAUCCAAAGUGUCCACAGCCUGAUCUGGCCCUUGGUUUAUCAUCCCACUCGGACCCUGGUGGCUUGACCCUUCUCUUACCGGACCAUGAAGUCCCCGGCCUUCAGGUCCGGAAAGAUGGCAAGUGGAUCACCGUCAAGCCUGCCAAGCAUGCCUUCAUAGUAAACAUCGGCGAUCAAAUUCAGGUUCUAAGCAAUGCAAAUUACAAGAGUGUUGAGCAUAGAGUGAUAGUGAAUUCAGCCAUGGAAAGGGUAUCAUUGGCCUUCUUUUACAAUCCAAAGAGUGACAUACCCAUCAAACCGGUGGAAGAGCUGGUUUCAGCAGACAAUCCUGCACUGUAUUCACCCAUGACAUUUGAUGAAUACAGACUUUUCAUCAGAUUAAGGGGUCCCAAAGGCAAAUCCCAAGUGGAAUCUCGAAAGUCUCCAAGAUGAUUGAGACUAUAUUUUCAUUCACUGUAAUUAAAAUCACAUGGGAAAACAAUUCCUUUCUUCUUAAGCUGUAAAUCUUAUAAUACAAGGAGGAAAAGAAAAACAAAAAAAAAAUGGAAAAGAAAGAAUAGGAAAAGUAAAAAUAGAAUGAUUUUCUCUUACGGCACUGUUUAUUUGAUGGGGGUGUUGGGAAAACUUUUUCCAGGGACCUGAAAUUGAUUAGGAAUUUGGAAUUACUUUCCCCGUUGAUUAAGGAAAAAGAAAUUGUCACAUUCCUUAACAGUAUUGCACGUUUUCAAUUGAAAGUUAAACCUAUAAA